AUGUCCCAGGUCUAUCUUAUCACCGGCUGCUCGUCUGGUCUUGGUCAUGAAUUUGCCCGCCAGGCACUCCAGCGUGGCCACAAGGUGAUCGCGACCGCCCGUGACAUUGCUAAGCUCGCUUCUCUGCGCGAACUCGGUGCAGCUACGCUCGCACUCGAUGUAAUAUCAUCGCAGGAGGAACUUAACCAGACAGUAGCAGCAGCGCUGACGAUUUACGGUAGCGUUGAUGUACUAGUAAACAACGCGGGCUACACACUUUUCGGGGCGGUAGAAGAUCUAAGUUAUGAGGGUUGCCUUAGGGAAUUCCAGACGAACGUUUUCGGGCCAAUGAGUGUCACACGCGCCCUGCUGCCUCAUUUUCGUGGGCGCAACGCGGGAACAAUCGUCAAUGUCGGUUCCCUCUGUGCAUGGGAGACAUACCCUGGCGUGGGCGCAUAUAGUGCCUCCAAGGCAGCUAUACGAUAUUUUACCGAGGCGCUCGCCCAGGAGACCGCCCAUACGGGGAUCAGAGCCCUUCUAGUCGAACCUGGCCAAUUCCGCACUGAGCUUUUGAGCCCGCAGAACAGCACUUUUGUUGAGACCAGUAUCCCAGAAUAUCGCGAAGUAACGGCUGCUUCCUUCACAGCAUUUCGUGAUGUCCACGGCAAGCAACGGGGAGACCCGACAAAAGCCGUAAUGUGUACUUUGGAUGUCAUACACGGCGAGAACGGUGCGAGUGGUCGAAAGUGGCCUGGUGAACUGGCCUUGGGUCCAGACGCAGUGGAAGCCAUCCGAAACAAGUGCGAGAGAACUCUAGCACUGUUGAAUGAGUGGCAAGGGUUUUCCUCGGAGACCGACGCUGAACCCUCCUAG